GCUGGCGCGUAUCCGGUCCUCGCUGCGCGACGCUCGACCGUGCGCCACCCCUUCGGCGCAGCGCGCGCUUUCGAACCUCGAGCGAAGGGCCCCGCCAGCGAGGCCGCACUCGCCGGCCGAACUUUGCCCGGCGCGGGCGCGACUCCUCCGGCCGCGCGCGCGCUCUGUCCCGGGCCUCCCUCUCGGCGGUCCCCCAGAGGGCGCCGCGAGCACCCGAGGAAAUCAGAGCGCGACCGCCGCCGAGUGACCGACGGACUCUCGGCUCGCUAAUUGUACUCAUUAGCGGUAAUUAGGAUUAAGUGCGCGCCGUGGGUGCAAGGCAGCGAUUCCACGCACGGGCCUGCCUCGAAUCGAUAGAAUUAUCGCGCGGCGGAGAUAUAUCAGGCCCGAGGAAAGUGGAACUCUCGCCGCGACAGGGACCCCCCCAGGGCCGGUCGCGUUAGCCCGCGCUCCUGCGGACUCGUGAUUGGCCAAGGCCGACUCGCGAGGGCCGCGCGGAUUUCGCGAGGGAUUCCGAGGGAAGAUUUCCCGCCGCGACCGAUCGAAUGAACUUUGCUCCACUCGGUGGAAGAGGUUAUGAGUCAGGGCGAGAUCCGGUCCGAUUGGCCCAUACCUGCGCCGAGAUGAGGCUGCUCUCGAUCGUCGCGCUGAUCUGCCUCGGGUCGGGCUUUGGCCAGGCUCGAGUCAUCGGGGAUGGACCCUCGCCGAGCCCCAGGAAACACCGGCACAGGUUCACCGUCGAGGAACUGCUCACCAGCACGUUUCCACACGCCAUUACCGGGGACCUCGAUCUCGAUGUCUGUAAAGCUGGGGGAUUCCUCGGGGACAUCGCCCUGCCCAAUAUCGAGUACGAGACCGAGUGGCGGCAGCAGAAGUUAAAUAAAAGCUACCUGGAAGAGCUGGAGAAGUACAGAGACGAGGUCAUCAAAGAAGGACUACAGGUCGAAGAGGAGGGCUUAACCGAGAUCCUGCAGUUCAAGAACGAGCACUACCUGAACAAUGGCCCUCGCAAGGAGGAGUCCUUGGGAGCUUUAGGGAAAUCCGAGCCCGUAAUCGUGGACCGGAAUCAGUACAGCACGGUGGAGGAAUCCCACCGGCCGAAACACGACGAACACCCCGAAAUCGAGGACCGCGGCUUCGAGUUCAGGCUCGAGGCGUCGACCGCGAAGACCGCAAGGACGCGGCACUCCGAUCGCCGAAGUGGCCACGGCCGUCGCGAGUCCGCCAAUCAUGGAGACAAGACGACCACGACUCCCCCAAAUGAUCCAAGAUCCAGAGACGCCGAUCAUCGCGAUCUCCAGACCGAGACCUCGACCGGGGACCCUUCCACCUCCGACCUCCAAACCACCGCGGAAACCAGGUCCAAGCGACGCCACCGGAGCCACCAUAAAUUAAGAUUCUCGUCGAAGCGUCAGCGUCGACGAAGACCGAUGCAACGUCGCCGGAAGCCGGCGCAGCGGGCGAGGUCGAAGGAAACGACCUCCUCCUCCGAAGUGAUUUCCACCCACGACAGACAGCUCCGGUCGAUCGAGUUCUACAACGAGUACAAGCCGAAGUACCAGGUGAAGAGCCGGGGCACUUCAAAGCAUUCCUUUGCGAGCAGGACCAGAAGAGCCGCGACGGCUCGCAAGGACAGAGUCUGGGACCACGGAGUGAUCCCAUACGAGAUCGACGGAAACUUCUCCGGGGCUCACAAGGCGCUCUUCAAACAAGCCAUGAGGCACUGGGAAAACUUCACGUGUGUGAAGUUCGUCGAAAGAGUGACCAGGGAACACCCGAACUACAUCGUCUUCACCGAGAGGCCUUGCGGGUGCUGCUCCUUCGUCGGUAAAAGGGGGAACGGUCCGCAGGCGAUCAGCAUCGGGAAGAAUUGCGAUAAAUUCGGGAUCGUCGUCCACGAGCUCGGCCACGUGGUAGGAUUUUGGCACGAGCACACGCGACCCGAUCGGGACCGACACGUUCAGAUUGUUCGAGACAACAUCAUGGCUGGCCAGGAGUACAACUUCAACAAGCUGACCGACGAGGAGGUGAACUCCCUGGGCCUGCCAUAUGAUUACGACUCCAUCAUGCAUUAUGCUAAGAAUACCUUCUCGAAAGGAACCUAUCUCGACACUAUUUUGCCGAUGGAGAGCGAUGGGAAGAAGCGCCCGGAAAUCGGACAGAGGAUCAAGCUCAGUCCUGGCGACAUCGCGCAGACGAAUCUCCUCUACAAGUGCAAGAAGUGCGGAAGAACUUUCCAAGAAAACAGCGGAAGUUUCGGCUCGCCAACGCAUCCGAACACCUCGCCACUGGUCGAUGGGGAGCACUGCGAGUGGAGGAUAACCGCGACCCAUGGGGAACGCAUCGUCCUCAACAUCACUUCCUUGGACAUCUUCAAGAGCGACUACUGCUUCAGCGAUUACCUGGAGAUCCGCGACGGCUACUGGCAGAAGAGCCCAGUCCUCGGGCGCUUCUGCGGCAGUGGGAAAAUUCAUGACCCGGUCGUGUCGACCGGGAGUCGGAUGUUGGUGACGUACGUCACCUCGGAGAACAAAAGAAGUUACCGCGGUUUCUCGGCGAAUUACGAGGCCGUUUGUGGAGGCGACGUCGUGCUGGACGGCGUCGGUCACUUAGAGUCGCCUAACUACCCCGACGAGUACCAGAUUAACAAAGAGUGCGUAUGGCGGCUCUCGGUGCCCCAAGAUUACCAAGUGGCCCUGAAGUUCCAGUCCUUCGAGAUCGAGAACCACGACACCUGCGUCUACGACUACGUGGAGGUGCGCGAUGGCCACAGUCCGGAGUCGCCUUUAAUCGGAGUGUACUGCGGGUACAAAGCCCCUCCGGACAUCCGGUCGACGGGGAACAAGCUUCUAGUGAAGUUCGUCAGCGAUGGGUCCGUGCAGAAGGCGGGCUUCUCUGCGACAUUCAUGAAAGAAUUCGACGAGUGUGCCCUGAUCGAUCAUGGCUGCGAGCACGACUGCAUCAACACCCUGGGAGGGUACGAAUGCUCCUGCAAGAUCGGCUUCGAGCUCCACUCCGAUGGGAAGCAUUGCGAAGACGCUUGCGGGGGGGUCUACGAUCUCAGCAACGGCACCAUCACGAGUCCCUCUUUCCCGGAGACCUACCCCAUGAACAAGAACUGCGUCUGGGAGAUCAUCGCCCCACCUCAGUACAGGAUCACCCUCAACUUCACGCACUUCGACCUGGAAGGGAACAACGUCUUCCAAGAGGAGUGCGAGUACGACUCCGUGGAGGUGGCUAGCAAACUCGGCGACGACGUCCUCAGGAAGCAUGGGAUAUUCUGCGGUUCCAGGCUUCCGCCGUUGCUCACAUCCGAGGGGAACUCUAUGCGGAUAGCGUUUACCUCCGAUAACAGCGUCCAGAAGUCAGGAUUCGCCGCGGUAUUCUUCACCGACAUGGACGAGUGCGCCAACAAUAACGGCGGGUGUCAACACGAGUGUCACAAUACUCUGGGGUCCUACGAGUGCUCCUGCCACAAUGGCUUCAAAUUGCACGAAAACAGCCACGACUGCACCGAGGGUGGGUGCAAGUUCGAGAUCACUGCUCCUCAGGGCACGAUCACUUCCCCCAACUACCCGAACGAUUAUCCUGGGCGCAAGGACUGCGUGUGGCACUUCACCACCACACCUGGCCACCGUAUAAAAUUGAUGUUCACCGUCUUCGACAUCGAGCCUCACCAAGAGUGCACCUACGACUACGUAGCGAUUUAUGACGGCGAUUCGCCCGAAAGUCUCACCUUGGGCACCUUCUGCGGGAACAAACUUCCACAUCCUAUAAGCGCCACGGGGAACCAAAUGUACAUGGUCUUCAAGAGUGAUAACACUAUCCAGAGAAGAGGAUUCCAGGCUACACACACUACGGCUUGCGGUGGGCAUUUAAUCGCCACCGACCGGGUGAAGCAUUUGUACUCUCACGCCAAGUUCGGAUACUACAAUUACGAUCACAAGACGGACUGCGACUGGUCGAUCGAGGCUCCUAUCGGGAAGAACGUCCACCUCUCGUUCCUCUCCUUCCAAUUGGAGUACGAGACCGACUGCGGUUACGACUUCGUCGAAGUCUACAGCGGCCUCGACGCGUCCAGUCCAAGUUUCGGGAGAUAUUGCGGAAACUCGAACAUCACGACGAUAAUAUCGAUAAGCGAGGCCCUGCUGAUCAGGUUCCGAACGGACGACUCGAUAACAAAUAAAGGAUUCGCGGCAGCCUACGUGGCCAUAGACCGCCAGGACAGCGAAGAGAUCCUGGAGGGAGGCGAGGAGGAGGAAUACGGGAAUCUCUGAUCGAUAAUCCCCAUCCCGAAGCCGAAAUCCGCUCCCACCUCGAUUUUUGCUCUUUAAUCUCGACCGACAUUUAGCUCUCAGCCGUGAGACCGGAACCUCGGCUAGGAUAACUCUGGUACGGUGUUUUAGAUAACCAGGACUACCCUUGGCCUUCCAGGACUCGCCUGGACCACGGUUUCGAGUCCUCGUCUUCGGAGGAGCCGCCGAAGAGCGAGGUCAGGGGUCAGACGGAGAGACAUAGCUAUCUGGCUAGAUGAUAACGAAAUACUUAACCGUGAACGUUCGUUAGCGCCUAUUGAUCUAAUCGAUCCGAUUUUCCUAGGUCCUACGCGUGCCAUGUAAUUUAGGUAGGACGUAACGUAUUAUAUAAUUCGGGCGCGAUAUCCAGUUUGCUCCUAAGAUGAGUCGAGAUCGUGGAAGUCGGAUGCUGAGGCACGAUAAGAGGAUGAUAAGAGCGAUGAUGAGUAUCCAGUGAAAGGCGCCGGCAGAUUAUGGAACUGCGAAAAUGGGGACUGGUCCGUUUAGCGUCUUAAUCUUCAUCACUGCCCACGGUCGAGGGCUCCACGUGCUUCGAUCAUUCCAUAAGUCCACGUGGAGAUCGAUAGAUCACGAAGACACGGUCGCGAGCACAGCUGCAACGUCAAAGUUCGAUUGGAUCGAGAUCGAUCGCUUAAUCAUUCUAAAGUCACGUGGGGGGAUCGGUAGAAGAACUUGCUCGCUCGUUGCAGUAAGAUCUAUGUGCGAUGGCGAUCACAAUUGCGAUAUCAAAAGUCAGACCAGAACCAGAUCGUUCGCUCGAUUAUUCAGGAGGAUGACGUGACGAUCGGUGGAAACCUCGAGCUCGCUCGUCGCAAGAUGAUCCAUGUGAGAUCGCGAUCACAAUUGCAAUGUCAAAGUACCGAUCAGAGACGAGCCGCGAGGGUUAAUUGUACAUAGACAAACUUAGCCGUAGACUUCGACGUCGUAACGUUUUAUAAGUAGGCGUAGGGUCGGUACCUCCGACAGUGUUGGAGGGUUCUCUUAAUCGUUUCCUUUUUGUACUUUUCUCUCGUCCUGCCAGGAACCGAACGAAUUAGAACGAUGCGCGAGGGCUUUUCUCUCGUGCUCGAAAAAAAGAAAAAAAAAAAACAAUAACCCGAUCGCGACCCCAGGUUCAUCCAAGUACGUAUAUCCAUUGAUGAACCCGCGGGCUCUGGUAUUUAUUUGACGACGCGGAUGAAUGUGUAAAUACUACUAUUACUUUAAGGAUAAGCGCGGAAAGCUCACGAACGUAUAUAACAAUGCAGGGGUUGGCAAUAAGGAGGAAUACGGUCGUUAUCGGCGUUCGAGAUAUUUCAGUAUCUCGGGAUUAAAAAAAAAAAAAAACAUGCCGCGAACACCGCGCUCGAAAGCUGUUACUGCGACCUGUUCUUGAGCCCUUAACAUUAUUAACAGCGAGCACUUGCAUGUAAAUGUAGAUCGUCCGAUUAUUACAUUACGUAUACAUAUGCGUUUAUGCAUACAUUUGUCCUCUGACAUUUAUAUAAUAUUAAUUAUCGAAGCGAUGGAAGAAGUCGGGGUAGCGCGGCGAGCAAGGACGCCGCAAGAUGGCCGGCUAAAUUUUCAUCGAUUAAAUGGCGCAAAAGUUCCGUAAGAA